AUGGAUCACCACUUUUCCCAACACGCAGCCACCAAUCCAGAUGCCAUCGCCAUUGACGAUGAAACCCGACAGUGGUCGUAUUCGGAUCUCGACCACGAGGUCCAACAAGUCACGAACGUUCUAAAGAAACUGGAUCUGCCUCCAGAAGAGCCCAUCUGUAUACUGGAAGGGGUUGGAAGUGAUACCAUUAUUGCCCAACUAGCUAUCAUCCGCGCCGGGCUGACAUGCGUACCCAUCGAACCAUCCAUCCCACCCAUCCGCUUGAUGAGCCUCCUGAAAGACGUUGGGGUCAGAUACAUCAUGUCUAACCAAUCCCCGGACCUCGAAGACGAUGUGGUCAUCAUCCCCAUCUCUGGCGAAUAUGAUCCGAAAAAUAUUCCCUCCAAAUCCAAGACCAACGGCGUCAACGGGGCCCAGGUCAACGGAUCAAACAAUCAAACCCGGGGCUAUCGAAGCCAUAUCCUGUACACGUCCGGUUCAAGUGGCAAGCCCAAGGCUGUGCAGAUUGCAGAAACAAGCAUCCUCCACAUUGCAUUCGAGACGGCUGCGACGCCGCUCGAAUCAUCAGACCGCGUGGCCGUCGUUAACAAUCCCGGCUUCGAUAUAUCCCUCUUUGAGAUCUUCGUCCCUCUGGUGGCCGGGUCCACGCUGGUCAUCGUGCCUCGUUCAACCAUCAUGGACCCCUUCGACGCCAGAGACUUCCUCGCAAGAAAGAACGUAUCCAUUCUCGUUCUCACUGCUUCCUUGCUCUCCAUCAUCGCCCAAGUCUGUCCUACUGCCUUCGGCGGCAUAAAGCACCUUUUCAGCGCCGGCGAAGCGCCAAAUCCAUCCAGCAUAAAAGCCAUCCUAGAAUCCAACAACUCCCCACAGCACGUGUGGAACACAUACGGCCCUACAGAGGCAACCACCCUCUCAACCAUGCACGAGAUAACCCCGAAAGACCUCCAGUACGAAAACAUCAGCAUCGGUAAACCCUUCGGCGACACCAUCCUCCAGCUCUUUGACGAACACUCCAACCCCAUCACCAAGCCCGGCGUCAUCGGCGAGAUCCUACUGGGCGGCCCCGGCCUGACAGCCGGAUAUAUCGCCCGUCCCAAGGAGAACGAGGAGCAUUUCACCACCGACAAAGCCGGCUCUCGUCUCUACCGAACCGGCGACUUUGCCCGAUGGCGCCCUGAUGCCCCAGACUUGCUCGAGUUCAUGGGCCGCGCCGACCUUCAAGUCAAACAGGGCGGCUUCCGCGUCGAACUCGGCGAAAUCGAGCAACUCUUCCUCUCCAGCGGCCAAUUAGUCGGUGCCACCGUCGUCCAAAUCCAGCCCGACACCCCAGAAGACGAGCCCUUCCUCGUAGCAUUCCUCAUCCCCGCCGUCGCCAACACCGUCCGACGCCGUCAAAUGCUCGAAUACAUCCAGCCCCGCGUCCCAAACUACUCCAUCCCCCGCGACAUCGUCGUCUGCUCCGACUACCCCCUCACCGAACACGGCAAAGUCGACCGCAAAGCCCUAACCAAACAAUACCAGGACCAACACCCCCAAUCCCACUCCAACGACACCUCCCCCUCCAACGACACCACCACCACCCUCAAAAACAUCUGGACCUCCAUUCUCGGCCAGCACGACAUCGCCGACUCCGACGACUUCUUCUCCACCCACCGCGGCUCCUCCCUCCAAGCCGCAACCCUCAUCUCCAAAAUCCAACAAGAACUCCGCAAAACCAUCUCCAUGCGCUCCCUCUACGAAAACUCCCGUCUCUCCGACCUCGUCGCCUGCCUCGACGAAUACACCGAAGGCGGCAACGCCCCGGACGACCGCACCCACUGGCUCCAAGACGCCACCCUAGCCAACGACCUCCACCCCGUCCCGGACUGGCUCGCCCCCGACGAAGGCCGCAUCUUCCUCACCGGCGCCACCGGCUUCGUCGGUGCCCACUUCCUCGCCCGCUUCCUGCAAAUGCCCUCCAUCAAAGAAAUCGUCUGCCUCACCCGCUCUAAACCAAACCAACCCCCCCCCUCCGAACGCAUCCAAUCCGUCCUCCAACGCUACAACCUCUGGUCCGCUUCCUCCCCAACCAUCAACAAACUCACCGUCCUCACCGGCGACAUCACAUCCCCACAAUUCGGCCUCUCCUCAGAAUCCUUCACCUGGUUAACCAACUGGUCCAGCAUCGUCUUCCACCUCGCCGCUAAAGUCAACUUCUGCGAACCUUACGCCGCCCACCAACCCUCCAACGUCCUCGGCACCCGUCACGCCCUCGAAGUCGCUAUCCGCGGCCGUCGCAAACCCUUCAUCCACAUGUCCAGCAUCGACACCUGGGGUCCCUCGGGCCUUGUCCUCGGCACGAAAACCCUCCUCGAAGACGACCCCCUAGAUCCCCACCUCCGCGGCCUCCCCUUCGACAUCGGCUACGCAGCCAGUAAAUGGGUCGCUGAGAAACUCGUCCGGGGGGUCCGAACCCGCGGUGUCCCGGCCAUGAUCUUCCGUCCGGGGUUCACGAUCGGUGACUCCGUCACGGGGUCAGGUAACCCGGAUGACUUCUUCGCUCGUCUCAUCAUCGGAUCGAUCAUGCUAGGCGCGUUCCCUCACCUCCCUAACCAACGCCUCGAAUACGUGACUAUUGACUACGUCUGCGACGCUACUAUCCACAUCGCCUCGAAUAACGCAAACCUAGGCCGCUCGUAUAGUCUUGUUGCGCCUGACCCUAAGGAUUCGGUGAAUCUGGAUGAUACGCAUAAGGUGAUUAACGAGGCCGGGUAUCCGGUCAAGUUACUCCCGUAUUGGGAAUGGGCGAAGCAGGAUAAUCCCCUGUUGGGGCCUGUGUUGGGAAGGUUGUCGAGGUUUGAGACGAGUAGGAAUACCCCGCAUUAUGAUGCUAGGAAUACGGGUGUGGGGUAUGUGUCGUUUGAUGCGGCGAUGUUGAAGAGGUUUGUGGAGUUUUGGGAGAAGAAGGGUUUUUAUAAGGUUUGA